AUGGGGUGCGGAUUGUGUGCUCCCAAAGCUGCUCGGUACUCCGCAGCUGUUUCUCCAUCAGCUCAGUCCGUGGGCAAGGCCUUCGCAGAUGCCAAGGCUCCAGCGAGCGUCCCUUCGCGGCCAGACAGAUGGCGUCGAGAGGUGCCCAAGGAUGCUUCCGAAGGCAAAGAGUCCGAAGGACCUCGAGACGGAGCCAUGGAGGUGCCCAAGCUGCCUGGAGUGCCCGCAGAGGCUCCACCACAGCCGGAGACCUCACAUGCAGAGCCGGAGGAGCCAGCCGAGACGGCCGAAGCGAGAGCUGGGCUCGCCGAGGCUGGGAGAUACGAGGAGCUUCAGCCUGCCAAGCAGGAAGAGGUUCGACGAGAGAAAGUCAAGGAGGAGAGGACUCCUCAGACAAUGAUAGUGUGGACGAUGAUGAAAUGGAGGCCACGCUACGGUCUGUGGCAUCGCUCACGCCCAGGAGAAACAGCGAGGAGAUGGACAAGCAGCAGCCGAGGCAUUACCACAGCCGCCACCAGAGCGCCAGAACAGAUCCACGGAGCCUAA